CGCAGCUCCAACUUCUUCCUCACAGGCCCCACCUCCUUACCAUCGAGGCCCCGCCCCUCGGCUAAUCGUCCUCGCUCAUUCGUCGAAAGUCCCGCCCCUCUCACUGCGCGGCAAGGCCGCGGCGGAGACUGGCCGGGCCUCGCACUUCCGGGCGCCCGAACGCCCCGCCUCGCCCCGGCGACCCAGAGCCACCAUGGAGCGGCAGGUGCUGUUGAGCGAGCCCGAAGAGGCGGCGGCGCUAUACCGGGGCCUUAGCCGCCAGCCCGCGCUGAGCGCCGCCUGCCUGGGCCCGGAGGUCACCACGCAGUACGGGGGUUGUUACCGGACGGUGCACACUGAGUGGACCCAGAGGGACCUGGAACGCAUGGAGAACAUCCGAUUCUGCCGCCAGUACCUGGUGUUCCAUGAUGCGGACUCAGUGGUGUUUGCAGGGCCUGCGGGCAACAGUGUGGAGACCCGGGGCGAGCUCCUGAGCAGAGAAUCUCCUUCAGGCACCAUGAAAGCCGUGUUGCGCAAGGCUGGAGGCCCGGGCACUGGGGAGGAGAAGCAGUUUUUGGAGGUUUGGGAGAAGAACCGGAAGCUCAAGAGCUUCAACCUGUCAGCGCUGGAGAAACAUGGGCUGGUUUAUGAGGAUGACUGCUUUGGCUGCCUGUCCUGGUCGCACUCGGAGACACACUUAUUAUACGUGGCAGAGAAGAAGCGCCCCAAGGCUGAGUCCUUCUUUCAGACCAAAGCCUUGGACGUCAGUGGCAGUGAUGACGAGGUGGCCAGGCUGAAGAAGCCAGACCAGGCCAUUAAGGGGGAUCAAUUUUUAUUUUACGAAGAUUGGGGAGAAAACUUGGUUUCCAAAAGCACUCCUGUACUCUGUGUGCUGGAUGUCGAGAGCGGCAACAUCUCUGUGCUUGAGGGGGUCCCUGAGAGUGUGUCCCCUGGACAGGCAUUCUGGGCCCCUGGAGACACAGGUGUUGUGUUUGUGGGCUGGUGGCAUGAGCCCUUCCGGCUGGGCAUCCGCUUCUGCACCAAUCGAAGGUCAGCCCUAUACUAUGUAGACCUCAUCGGGGGGAAGUGUGAGCUCCUCUCGGAUGACUCUCUGGCUGUCUCUUCUCCCCGGCUGAGCCCAGACCAAUGUCGCAUCGUCUACCUGAGGUUCCCAUCUCUGGUCCCCCAUCAGCAGUGUGGCCAGUUGUGCCUGUAUGACUGGUACACCAGGGUCACCUCCGUGGUGGUGGACGUUGUGCCUCGGCAGCUGGGAGAGAACUUCUCUGGGAUCUACUGCAGCCUUCUGCCUCUGGGAUGCUGGUCGGCUGACAGCCAGAGAGUGGUUUUCGACUCAGCUCAGCGCAGCCGGCAGGACCUGUUUGCUGUGGACACCCAGAUGGGCAGUGUGACCUCUCUGACGGCUGGUGAGCAGGGCUGGCGUGUGGGCCAGCCAGGCCAGGGGUGGGACUGGAGCUCAAGUAUGUGGGGCAGCACUCUCGGCCACUCUGCACCACUGACUGUCCCACAGCCUUUACUGACAGUCUUGCGAGGACUCUGCCUAUGCAGGACCCUUACCCAGCCAGCAGACUGCCUCCUGGCUCUGCUCUGCUCCCUGUGUCCUGGCACUGCCUCAGCACGACCCCCACCCUACUUCUCAAACCCACAAAAUUCUGUCUUGCCAAGAUCUGCCAGAGUCAUCCUUCCCUCUCCCCAAACCUCAGGCAGAGGCACCUCUGCCAACCCAGGGCGCAGAAGCCCUGGGUUGGCUCCCUCAUCUUCCUCUUACCCAGGCCUGAUGAUUAUGCCCCUAAAGUGUUUUUGAGUUCUCCACCUGCCCUGGCUGUACUCAUUCCUCCACAAAGCUACCAAAGGAUUGUUCCCAAACUGCAUCUCAUUGUAUAGUAUCUGCUUAGGAAUCUGAAUCUCCUUGGACCCCACUGCCUAGAAUUAGCACCCCCCGCCCAGCCUCCUGGGCCUAGCUGCCACCCCUGCAGACUG